GCGCAUUUGAACAGCCCCUGCCAGCCACUUGCACCUGCAGCCCCAUCCGCGUCGUCGCUUUGGCUGGCCUGGGCUUCGGGACGAGUCUGCAGCCGCGUGAGAUCACGAGCCCACACAUGGCAUCAUGGGGAGCUGGUGCGCCAGCAUGGCGUCUGUGCAGCCUGCUGGUGCUAGCGCUAACUGUGGCGGCCCCCAUGGCAGGAGCCCUUGAGGCCGCAGCAGUGCAGACCGUCACGGUGCAGGCCACCGAUGCGCAGGGCAUGCAGGCAACUACCCAGGCCACACAUGCAGCCACCACCGCUCCGGCCGCUGUCGGCGCUGGUGGUGCUGAUAUGCAGCAGCAGGCGGCGCAGGCGGCAGCUGCCACCACGGCUGUGCAAGGUUCCGUCACCGGAACCGUGGCACAGCAGCAGCAGCAGUCUGUGGCAGCAGAGGCAGGGACCACCACUGCCAGUGCCACCGCCACCGUGGACGACCUGUUCCUGUGCGAGGACAAGCUGAAGAACAGCACAAUUGUGGAGCAGCUGCCGCAGCUCAAGAUUCAGCAGGUGCUGGACAGCAACAAGCCACGAAGCCCGCAGGAUGUCACGCUCGUCACGCAGCUGUCCUUUGAGCGGCUGUACAUGCUUGAGGGGCAGUGCGAUGUGUGGAAUGGGGUCAUCUCCGCCGCCGUCUAUAUCGCGCUGCUGAAUGGCAAGGUGGUGACCGUGGAGCUCAACAGCAACCAGGACCCGCGUCUGACCGACAUUACCGAGGUGGAGCGCAAGUUCAAGCAGUUCCACCAGCUGGCAGAGGCCAAGGGGCUGUGCAAGCUGGACCUGCAGCUGGUGAGCCAGACGGUGGAGAGCAUCUGGCUGUCGGCGCUGUACCCCGUGAACGCGAUGCGCAACCGGGCGCUGGCCAAUGCCCGCACCGACGCCGUGCUGCUGCUGGACGUCGACUUCUGGCCCUCGGCUGAGCUGAGUGAGCUGAUGCAGAAGCCUGCCAAGUACGAGAGCCUGAUGAAGACGCUGCAGGCAGGGGCUGCAGUUGUGCUGCCGGCCUACGAGACGGGCGACCCGGGCGACAUUGGCGUCGAAGUGGCACGCGAGGCAGUGCUGGAGGGCAAAGAUGCCGCUGUGAAGAUGUUCUGGGACGGGCGCAUCAAAGCCUUCCACACUGACCGAUAUGAGGCGGGCCACCGCGCUACCGACUACAAAAAGUGGCUGCAGGCUUCGCGCCCCUACAACAUUAUGUACGAAGAGGGCUUUGAGCCAUACGUCAUCAUCUCCCGCAAGUUUGUGCCCUGGUACGACGAGCGUUUCGUGGGCUACCGCAAGAAUAAGGUGGUGCACCUGCUCUACCUCUCCACCAGCGGCAUCCAGUUCAUGGUGCACCCCCGCGCCUUCACUGUGCACUCCCCCCAUCCCCGUGCUCGCACCUGGAAGGUCACCCACAAGACCGGCCUGUGGGACCAGCUGGCGGAGAUCUACGACCAGGCCAAGACGGGCAUGCUGGCGGGCACCUACAUCCCGGUUGCCAUGUACUCGUGUGGGGGGCACACGGCUGGGCCGCAGCUAGCACAUCGGCCCACGUUUGCGUCGGCGCAAGCCUGAGGGGUGGCCGAACCUGUGCCCGCGCCCUAUUUUUUAUUUACUGAUUCUCUCUUCUAGAGUCACGGCCAGGCUCAACAUUGGCGCCAAUUCAAAUAAAUGCUUGUUGCAAAAUGGCAUCAAAG